AUGUCGACGACGAAGCUUCUCUCGGCUGUGGUCUGGUUCUCAGGCCUGUCACUACCGACCAGAGCCCUGGCCCCAAGAGACGACACCGGUGACAUCGAAAAUGAAGAGGAAAGACAAGAAAAAGGCGAGAGCAAGGGCAAGAGCAAGAAGGGAACAGGCAGAGAAGGCGUACCGAAUGUCCCCGCGACGACACCCGGGCUCGACACCCUGCGCACCGGAACCGAUUUUGCGCCUGUCCUCGGGCCCGGGACGAACAACAGGGAUCCAAACAACACCAACAAUGGAGCACCUGCCUAUAACGAGGAACCGCCACCGCCUCCUCCUCCUUCGGAAAACCCUCAGGUCCCGGAGAACCCUCCAAAUCAGGAGCCCCCUCCACCUCCCCCUCCGCCAGAGGAACACCCACUGCCUCCGCCUCCGCCUCCGUCUCCGGAGACCAACGCACCAUCGGCCCCGCCUCCCCCUGCCUCCACCACCUCGGUUGAAGCUCGAAGGUCAACAAUAACGCCCGGUUCAAGUCCCGUUCUCUCAACCUCGCGAACUCCAGUGCAUCCAGUCUCGUCUUCUCCAAUCCCGGUCCGCUCGUUUCCACCACCAGUUUUUUCCCAGCCGAGUGUAGCCCCGCCCAUCUUUCCUCAGCCGCUUCCACGACUAAGUUCGACGCCCGAGCUUCCCCAAUCAAGCUCAACUACAGCUAUUAUUGUUGUAGCUCCGCCGCCGACGUCAACUCCACAGACCACGUCGCCGCCACCUGCUCAGUCGACUGAUGCUGGCAGCAGACCCCCAAACCCCCCGGCGCCAGCUGCACCAAGCUCAACUUCUUUGACGGACCAGCACGGCGCCAUGAGCGGCAACACAUCGCAGGGCAUCGAGAGCAACCGGGGCCUUGUCAUCGCCCUGAGCACUGUGCUCUCUGUGCUUGCAGUCAUUAUCAUCAUCAUCGGAACUAUCUUUUUUUGCCAUCGAUAUCGCCGUGGCCGCCUCCCCUUCAGCCGUAGGGGCAACAGCCCGAUCGACGAUGAGGAGAUUGAGUCUUGGAAAGCCUGCCGGACAAUCGAGAAAUGCACGACCGUUGUCGUGGACAAGCAUGACUCGGCAGGUCCCAUUCGCAAACCGGCCAGCGUGAUCGUGUACCAAAACCAAAACCAAUACCAGCCGCGCCCUUCUACGGAUACGACCCCACCACGCUCUCUAUAUCACAAGCGGAGCAUGGACAAGAAGAGUAUUGAAAUACCUCAAACUCCCGUUCUCGCACGAGCCCCAAAUGCCCGCGUUGGUCUCACUGACGACACCGUCGAGGGUGACCUCGCCUUCCUCCCAUCUCCCAAGCGACAGAACUCCAGGCUCUCCAAGUUGCCGUCUCCCCGUCGUGGAAGGCAUCGCAGCUCUCGCAGCAGCGCAAGUGUCGGUAGUCUACGCGAACACUGGUACGGAUAUCACACUGAUACGGAACUGUCUCCCCGUCCAUCGGUGGACACUUACUUCCGCAUGCCUUCCUCGGCACACUCGGACGGCAAGCACCAGCGUGUUUACUCGUCACCUUCUCACCCUCCCAGGCUAUCACUUGACGAAGAAUACCGCAUGGGUGGCCUCUCCCCACGCCCUUUUCUUCGGCAAUCGGAAAUUGGCCUUGCCGUAGGUUGA